AUGUCAGGGCACCUGCCGACUCUCUUCCUCAGCCAGAAUCACAGCGGCGUGUUCCCGCCUCUGAAGCUGGAGUUCCGGUCCCUGGUCACCUCCGCCACAAUGUUCGCCGUUGGGGUUCUGGGAAACCUGAUCGCCAUAGUGGUACUCUGUAUCUCCAAGAAGGAACAGAAGGAGACCACCUUCUACACGCUGGUCUGCGGAAUGGCCAUCACGGACCUGCUGGGCACCUGCUUCACGAGCCCCGUGGUCAUCGCUACUUACGUUGCCAACAAGUGGCCGGGGGGCGCGCUCCUCUGCCACUUCUUCUCGUUCUCUAUGCUCUUCUUUGCUUCGGCGGGGAUGUCUAUUCUCUGCGCUAUGGCUGUGGAACGCUAUCUGGCCAUAAAUCACGCCUAUCUUUACUCACGGUACGUGGACCGGACCAUGGCGCGGUUCGCGCUCAUGGGCACGUACCUUGCCAACCUCGUACUGUGUAUCCUGCCCAGCUUCGGCUUUGGGCAGCACGUGAGGCACUUCCCCGGCACUUGGUGCUUCGUGGAUUGGAGAGCCACGGAUCCGGUGUCCGCCUCCUACGUGUUCCUGUACGGCGGGGUGAUGCUGUUGCUGAUCGCCGUGACCGUCCUCUGCAACUUUGCGGUGUGCCGAUCGCUCGUGGGGAUGAGCCAGAAGACGCGCACGGUGAGGGCGGAGGUGUCGGCGCAGGGCGGCUCGCGGCGCCGGUUCCCUAGGCUGCCCUCGGUUACCGUAUCCUCCGCAGCGGAGACCCAGAUGUUUUGGCUACUCAUCCUGAUGACCUUCGUCUUCCUCGUGUGCUCCAUCCCGUUAGUGGUGAGAAUCUUCGUGAACCAGCUCGGCUCGGCUCUAGUCUCCGCAGACGGGAGCGUGGAGUACCGGCAGGACCUGGUGGCCAUCCGCUUCGCCUCCUUCAACCCCAUCCUGGACCCCUGGGUCUAUAUCUUGUGUCGGAAGAACCUGCUGGUGAAGGGGUGCGAGCGAGUGAAGAGGGCCGCGGGGGGGCGGGGCGGGGGGGCAGGCGGACACGGCGCCAGCUGGGCGGGGGGGCGGAGCACACCACCAUCGUCCGACCACAGCAACGAGACGAGCUACGCGUCGCUACACACAAGCAACAACCGCAACCACCCUCCCGCCAGGUCGUUUACAGACUUCACCCUGAGGCAGGCCUGGGACCAGGACACGGCACGAGCCGGCUUCCACCCUUUUAGCGUGGAGCAGGAUGUGGGCGGAGGCUUCGGGGCGGGGGGGAGGCCGGAGGGGGGGCUGGCGGGGGGGCCGGCGGGGGGGCCGGAGGGGGGGCCGGAGGGGGGGCCGGAGGGUUUCCCUCGGGGGCGUGGCGGCGAGGCGCAGCUUCACGUCACCUGCACCUACAGCACACCUAGAUCCCCGUCCGAGAGGGCUGAGGUCAGCGCUGAGGGCAGCACCGCCUCGGAAAACUGUUGUUGUUGUUGA